AUGGCUGAACUUUCCGGAAGCUCGUGCUUCUCGCGCGCGGUGUUCUCAGAUGCACGCAUCAUGCGCGUCUCCUCUCUCUUGUGCCCUCGCCACGCCAGACUGCUUCACCUUCAGAUGCAGAGCGACGGCGGCGGCGACGGGACAGCCGCCGAGAUGCUCCAGCAACACCUGGCGGCGCUGCUCGCGGUGCUGCGACCCGACAUCCUCUCCACCGCCACCGACAUAUGCGUGUACGCCAUGAAGUGCGCCGCCUUCUUCCUGCACCACCCCGUUUUCGCCAACCACGCCUCCGACGCGGAUGUGGGCGGCACGAUGAAGGCCAUACUCCAAGCGAUCAUGACCACCAACGAUAAGGUCAGUGCCUUGACCCAUCCCUUCUGCCUUGGCUUCUGCGCGCUGCUUGUCUCCUCGACGUUUCUCAUGCCGCUCCCUCCCAUUCCGUCCGUCCCACGCGGCACGUGGCAGGUGGUGUGCAAUCUGGCAGUGUGGUGCGUGUCGCAGCAGAACGUGCGCGCGCCGCUGUUGGCGCAGCUUCUGCCGUCCGUGCUGCGCGCGUUGGUGCACGCCGUCGUCAACCCCAUGGCGUCGCACGCCAUCUCCUGCGAGGCCUGCAAGGUACGCUCCCUGCCGCUCCUUGCCCUCGCACCCAUCGCACUCGCGCCCUGCGAGCACACUUGUCGUCGACCGGCACUCGCACAUUCGCCGCGCCUCCUUCCAGUCGCCAUGGCUAGCAACGCCCGCCUCAUAUCACACAAGGUUGCCCCCAAGGCGUUCGUAUACAUCUCUGCUGCCUGUCGCGCAGAUUGCCGCCUCACCGCCAUGCCCUCCCCCUCUCGCUCUCCCCAUGUCUCGCGCGUCCUGCAGGCCGUGCGCGUGCUGGCCCUGCAGCUUCCGCAGGAGAUGAGGCAGCACGCGCACGUGUGGGCCGUGCCCAUGUGGCGGCGCCUGCUCGUCGCCUCGCACCGCAAGGAGCGCGACCUCAUCCACGCCACGCUCUCGCUCGCCGCCACGCGCCGCGUGCUGCUGCCGCCCUCGCCGCUUGUCACCAAGGCGAUGGUGGAGGAGGUGAAGGGCGGCGCGGUGCAGCGCAUGGACGCGAUGCUGGGCGACGUGCAGCACAUGCCGCUCGUCGUGCUCGCGUGGGCGUGGCUCGUCCGCCUCACGGGCGGCUCGCUGGCGGAGAAGGGCAGCACGGCGCUCGCCAACGCGCUGCUCAAGGUGCCGGAGCGCACCUUCAUGGCGCCCGACGCCGCCGUGCGCGCCGAGACGCACAUGGCGUGGCAGUCGCUCAUCGACGCCUUCGCGCCCGCCAUCCCUAUCGCUGAUGCGCCGCUCGCUGCUGCUGCGCUCGAAGGGGGCAAGCGGAGCAUCGCGUCGCGUUCGCCCACUCACAGUGCGUGCUGCUUCAUCCCAUACCCGUACCAUCUCGCCCGUCCCUGUCUUGUCCUCGCGCGCGUACCAUCGCCGCUCUUCCCUGGCACCACGCCCUUCCAGCGCGGUCGAGGCGCGAUGGUGGCAGCACCCUCGCCGAAGCGCCUCACGCUGCUCAUGGCUCCGCUCAUCACCACCGCAGCGCACGAGGCCGAUUCGGCGGUGCGCGGCGCUGCUCUUCACUCGUGGUGCCACCUGCUGGGGUCGCUGGGCCCCUGGGCAUCGUCCGCCGCCGUCUUCUCCGCCGCCGCCACCCCCAUGCUGCGCAUCGUGCUCCGCCGCGGGCCCUACCGCCCGGCACAGGGCGCGGAGUCGCUGGUGGGGGAGGCGCAGGCGUGGGAAUGGGCGGGGUGCCUGAAGCUGCUAGAGGGCUUCGUCGCCACCACAGGCGCAGGCGCAGCUGGGGACGAGGAAGUGGGACUGUCCGGAGCGGCGACGCGGGAAGGAAUCAAGGACGCGGGCGCGGGGAAGCUGUUGCGGGGGGGCAAGGCGGAAAGUGGGCGGGAGAGUGGCGCGCUGGUGCCCGUGGAAGAGGUGGGCGCGAAGGCGGGGACGUUGGUGUCGGUGGCGGCGAAGGGCGGGUGGCAGGUGUCGGAGGGGCAGGGCGGCGCGCUGGAGCGCAAGUACGACAGGCGGCACGCGGCGGCCGCCAUCGUGACAACGGUGGAGUGGGCGCCGUGGCAGAUGGAGCAGCUGCGCGAGCUGCUGGGGCUGCUCGACGUCGUCGUGCGACAUGCGUGCGACCCAAGCGACGUCGCUCGCAACGAGCGCGCAGACGGGCGAAUGGCGUUGGAAGGCUCGUCGCACGGUGCGGCGGAGGGGCAGGAGAACGGACAGAUAGCGGAACCCGCGCGGUUGGGUGGCGGCGAGCCGGGGGAGGCGGAGGCGGCGAGCAAAGCUCUGGAGGUGAAGGGGGAAUGGGCGGUGGCCGCCGGGCGGAGUACGGACGAGGACGCGGAGGACGGCGGCGAGGGGGCGGCGCAGGUGAUGAUGGCGGAAGCUCAGCAGCGCGCAGGCCCUCCGCAAGUGCGCGCGUCCGAGGCCUCCGUGCGCCUGUGGGCGCUUCUGGUGCGCGGAGUGGAGGCGCUGGGGCGCGGUGCAGUGCGGCCGAGCGCGGAGCACGUGGCGGCCGUGCACCUGCUGCUCGAGUUCCUCCACGGGCUGCUGGGGCUGCCUGCCGCCGCGGACCACGGCGCGCACGGCGGCGGCGACGGCGAGGCGGCGUGGCUGGCGGGGUGGUUCGACCUGUGCUGGGAGUUCACGCGCGCUCUCACGCGGCACCUCACGCCGCUGCUCAUGGCCUCCUCCUUCUACCGCCUCGCCCUUGCCACACCCACCUGCCUUCCCCUCCCCGCCUCCGCCGACGUUCCCGUCUCCCCCAAAACUCCGACCGGUGGCACCGCCGCCGCUCACCGCCUUCCAGGCGCGGGGGCUGUGGGAGCAGCUGCAGGCCGCGCAGGCGGGGCGAGUGGCGGCAGUGCGACGGCUGUGGCUCGGCGCGCUGCAGUGCCGGCGGUGUUCGUGACGGCGCUGUGGGUCGAUGCAGGAAUCACGUUCGGCGCGCACGUGACAGGGAUUGGCGCCAAGGAGGGGUUGGCGGAGCGCGCGGAAGAGCUGGUGGAGGCAGCGGUGCAGGGCGCGGACGCGAGCAGCCGAUUGGUGGGCGUGCUGCGCGCGCUCGAACAGUUCCUGCCCUCCCCGCAUGCCCCGCACGCCCCCGCCUCCCCCACUGCACGAAAAGCGGGCAACAACGGAGCAUUGGAAGCGGGAAGGUGGGCGGUGGAGCAGCGGCGCGGAGAGGUGGUGCUGAGCGUGUGGGGCGUGCUGGCGCGGCGACUGGCGCACGAGCUCACAGAGGGCAGCAACGCGGGGGCGGGGGGAUUGGGGCAGGGGCAGGGGCAGGGGCAGCAGAGCAGCGGAAAGGGAGGUAUUACGGGUGGCGCAGAGGGCAAGGUGGAGGGCGCAGCUGCCGUGGCGCCGGCGCUGCUCUCCUUUGCGCUCUCCUUCCUCUCUGCCGCCGCUGCCUGUGAGUCGCAGCAGCGACAGGUGCAUUCGCUGUCUGACGCAACGGCCGCAUUGUCGGCACCCACGGCAUGUGCGUGCGCGUGGUGUAUUCCCGCGUCGCUGUUGCGCGACAUGCUGCGCGACACAGAGCGCCUCGUCGUCGCGCUGCUGCACUCGCCUGCGCUCAGGUCGCCCCACCACCCCAACGCGCCCCUCACCCCGCUCUUCGCCGCGCUCGCUGCCGCUGCCCACUGCGACGCCGCGUCCGCUGGCGUCGCUGCUGCCGCUGCUCGGCCGUCCCCCUCCCAUUCCGCCCCCGCGCCCCCUACCCCCACUGGAAGUGCUCCUCCCGGCCGCGCGUCCGCGGCGGAGGCGUGGUGGGAGGUGGCGGUGCGCGCGGGCGAGGUGGUCGCGGAGCGCAUGGACCUGGCGGCCGCGCUGCCCGCUAUCGCUGUCACCAUGGCGGGGCAGCGCCGCCGCCUCUCCGCGCUGCGCCCGUCCGCCGCCGCGGGCGACGUGGCCAAGGGGCUGCACGCGGGGAAGGACGAGGACCCGCGGGGGAUGGUUGAGGCGGCGGGCGCGGUGGGCGCGCUGGUGGUGGGCGCGUGCAGAGUGAUCGAGAGGACGGGUGCGGACGAGCGGGGUAGAGAGGUGGGCGCGGAGAAGCUGCGGAGGGCGGUGGCGGUGUUGGCGUCGCUGGCGUCGCGCGUCACCUGCGCGUCCGACUCGCUGCUGCUGCUGCACGCCGCCCUCCCCGCGCUCACUGCCGCGCUUUGCCUCGCCUGGUCGCCCCCCCUCCCUGCUUCCGCCGCUACCACUACCCCCUCGCCCAGACACGCGGGCAGUGCAGCGGGUGCAGGCGCGCAGAGUUGGGGUGGCGGCAGCAGGGAGCGGUGGGAGCAGGCGGUGAAGGGCGCGCAGUGGGGCGUGCUGGACGGCGUGAAGGGUGGCGUGGCGGCGGGGUGGGGCGCUGUGCUGAGCAUGCUCGAGUCGUGCCAGCCGCCCACCGCCUGGUGCUCCUCCGCGCUCCUUCCCACCGUCUCCCCCGCCCUCGCCAUCGCGCUGCUGCACCCGCACCCGCCCAUCGCCGCGCGCUCUCUCGCCUUCUGGCAGGCUACGUUCGGCGGGGUGGCAGAGCACGCAGGUGCGCACACUGCGGUUAAGGCGGUGGGCGCGCGGGGUGCGGUGGGCGGGGAGAAGAAGGCCUUCGCAUACCCGCCACCGCUGCUCGCCGCGCUGGCCAUCGUGAAAGAGACUGCUGACGUGUCGCUGCCCUAUUGGCCGGCAAGCAAGGACGCAAAGGUGUUGAACAAGGAGGUGGGUGCGCGCAAGGCGAGUGCGCUCCAGGCUUUGGCAGCGAGGGCGGGGUCGGCACGCGUGGCUCCCAGUGACGUGCUGCUGUCAGCACGUGGUCGACUCUUGCAGCAGCAGAGCCAGGUGGCGGGCAAGGCAGCGCGAGCAGCAUCGCCUGUGAGGUCCACUGGAGUCAGUGCUAGUACACGGACGGACGCCAAGGCAGCAGUGGUGGGCAGCACAGGCACGGCAGGGGCAGGGCCGUCUCAGGGCAGGGACAGCAAUGCUCGCCCUGCCAGCCCCGUCCGCCCUGCCAGCCCCAUUCGCCCUGCCAGUCCCUCGUGUGUGGGCAGUGUUGGUGUGCGUGCAACAGCAGCAGCAGGAGCAACAACGGCAACAGCAGGCAGCAGUGGCGCAGCAAGAAGCGUGCAUGAGAAGCGCGAGCCAGCACCAGCACCAGCUGCAGCAGUGCCAGCAGCAGCAACCCGACCAGCGUCCCCUGUGCGCAAGUCCAUGUCACGACUGCUGUCCCUGUCUCGCCAGCACUCCCUUGAUCGCAAACCACCAACCCCCACGCCCACCCCCUCUGCUACGCGCACUGCUGCCGUCACCGCUGCCAGCCUCAGGAGCACAGGCAGGAGCACGGCAGGCAGCGGGGCAGGCAGCACAGAGGCACGGAGGGGUGCAGGCUCGGGCAGCUGUGAGGCAAGGAGCGCCACGACUGCAGGUGGUGCAGCCGCACCCAAGGCCACCACGACACCCACUCCCACCACCCAACCGCCUUCCACGCCAACCACCCCAAGAACCCCGCGCACUCCUACCACCCCCGCCACCCCCACCACCCCCGCCACUCCCACCACCCCCACCACCCCCACCGUCCCGGCCACCCCCACAACCCCAGUGCACGGGCGCAGCAGCAGUGCAUCCCGGCCGGCCUCCCCGCUGCGCGCCACAGGCAGGGCGCUGCUGGCACUGGCUCUCAAGGGCGGCAGCAGCACCAGCAGCGCUGCAGCGGCCAAGGCGCCUGCCUCUCCCACCCACCGCAGGCCCUCUAGCCCUGGCCCCGCCACAGGCACUGGCACCAGCCGUGGUGCGAGCAGUGGGGCCAGUGGCAGGGAGGCAGGGCACGGCGGCAGCAGCGGCGCUGUGAAGAGCAUGCGGUCGCUGGCGUCCAGCCUGAGGUCGCUGCUGCCACACAGGGCAGGCAGCAGCACUCCCAGCAGGUAUGGCACAGCUGCCAAGAGCAGCACAGGCAAGGCCGUGGAGGCAGGGGUGGGCACUCGCGCAGAGGCAGGGGCAGGUGCAGCAAGGAGCGGUGGUGGUGCUGGCAGUGAGAGCAGCGAGAGCAGUGCGGGGAAGGGUGCAAGCAUCGCUGUGGGUCACAUGGGGCGCAGGGAGAUAGCUGCUGCCAUGGCUGCCAAGCGAGGCAUGCCCGGUAGGACAGGCACUGCAGGCAGGCAGCAGCAGGCGCUGCAGCAGCAGCAUGCACAGGAGGCAGGCAGCCUUGAGGUGGAGCGCAGCGGCACCCCUGAAGAACUGGGUGUUGCAGCAGCAGGUGAGGCACGUGGGGUGGAGGACAUGGUAAUGCAGGGUGCAUCUGGUGCAGGUGUCUUCCAGUCGCUGGGCUCCUCUGGCGUUACUGCCGGGCUGGCAGGGGGUGCGGUGGCAGCAGGGGUGGCGGGGGAGUGGGCGCGCAGCAUGGUGCAGUGCCGCCUGCUGUCCCGCAGAGCACGCGAGGCAGCAGCACUUGCAGGGGAUGCGCACGUGGUGGGGUUGGGGGAAGGCAGUGGGGACGGAGAGGGAGGAGGUGCUGUGACAGGCAAGCGCAAGGCGGGGGGGUGCCAAGUGAGGGAGCAGGACGCACGGGCACUGUUGCAGGCUGCGGUGGUGACAGUGGGGCACAGGAGGGCUCGCAGCGAGAGUUGCAGUGAGGAGGACGGGGCACUGAGAGGUCUACCAGAGCAGCAGAAGCAGGUGCAGGCGCAGCAGGCGGGUGCAAAGAAGAGUGUGCGGCGCCGCAAGGCGGGCCGGAGAGCAACGGUGGCAGUAGUAGAUGUGGAGGAGGUGGGUGAGGCGAUGCGUGCGGUGGUGCGGUCGGCGGGCAUGGUGGAGAUGCUGCAGGCGGUGCGCGAGGCAGCAGGCGUGGAGCACAUGGAGCUGGAGGAGCUGGAGGCUGCCCAGCGCUGCAUCUCCGGCAUGUCCCGCCACAUUGCUGCCACCAUUGAAUGCCGUGCCAAAGGAAUGGACCAUUAUGGCAUGCUUCCGUGA